CCGGGGCCGCCUCGGGCCCGCACCCAGGCGCGGAGCGCGGCGAACGGUUGUGGCGAGGGCGGCGGGCGGGCGGCCGGCCUUGGAGCGGUAUGGCGGACCGGCGGCGCGCGUGGAACACGGAGGACGACCUGCCCGUGUACCUGGCGCGGCCGGGCAGCGCGGCGCAGACCCCGCGCCAGAAGUACGGCGGCAUGUUCGCCGCGGUGGAGGGCGCCUACGAGAACAAGACCAUCGACUUCGACGCGUACAGCGUGGGCCGCCGCGGCUCGGCGCGCACGCCGCGCAGUGCUGGCCGGCCCGACGCCGUGGGCCUGCCGGGGCCCGGCGGCAGCGAGGACACGGCCAGCGACGUGAGCGAGCCCUCGGGUUCGGCCGUCAGCUCACCCUGCGAGCGCGACGAGAGACCGCCUGCGCUGCACAUUCGCUGCCCUGCGCCCCGAGACCUGCCACUCGGCCGGGACAAUGGCCAGAGUGACCGACUCCUCAUCAAAGGUGGGCGUAUCAUCAACGAUGACCAGUCCUUUUAUGCUGACGUCUACUUGGAAGAUGGACUCAUAAAACAAAUAGGAGAGAACUUAAUUGUACCUGGUGGAGUGAAGACCAUUGAGGCCAAUGGACGGAUGGUCAUGCCCGGAGGGAUCGAUGUCAACACGUACCUGCAGAAGCCCUCCCAGGGGAUGACCUCAGCUGAUGACUUCUUCCAGGGGACUAGGGCAGCAUUGGCAGGAGGGACCACGAUGAUCAUUGACCAUGUUGUUCCUGAACCUGGGUCCAGCCUGCUGACUUCCUUUGAGAAGUGGCAUGAAGCAGCAGACACCAAAUCUUGCUGUGACUACUCCCUCCACGUGGACAUCACGAGCUGGUACGAUGGUGUCCGGGAGGAGCUGGAAGUUCUGGUGCAGGACAAAGGUGUCAAUUCCUUCCAAGUCUACAUGGCCUAUAAAGACCUCUACCAGAUGUCUGACAGCCAGCUCUAUGAAGCCUUCACCUUCCUCAAGGGACUGGGAGCUGUGAUCUUGGUCCACGCAGAAAAUGGAGACUUGAUAGCUCAGGAACAAAAGCGGAUCCUAGAGAUGGGCAUCACGGGUCCCGAGGGCCAUGCUCUGAGCAGACCUGAAGAGCUGGAGGCUGAAGCCGUGUUCCGGGCCAUCACCAUCGCGGGCCGGAUCAACUGUCCUGUGUACAUCACCAAGGUCAUGAGCAAGGGCGCAGCGGACAUCAUCACCCUGGCCAGGAAGAAGGGUCCCCUCGUUUUCGGCGAGCCCAUUGCUGCCAGCCUGGGGACGGAUGGCACCCACUACUGGAGCAAGAACUGGGCCAAGGCAGCAGCAUUUGUGACCUCCCCUCCCCUGAGCCCGGACCCCACCACCCCCGACUAUCUGACCUCCCUGCUGGCCUGUGGAGACCUGCAGGUCACAGGCAGUGGCCACUGUCCCUACAGCACUUCCCAGAAGGCAGUGGGCAAGGACAACUUCACCCUGAUCCCUGAGGGAGUCAAUGGAAUAGAGGAGCGAAUGACCGUCGUCUGGGACAAGGCGGUGGCUACUGGCAAAAUGGAUGAGAACCAGUUUGUGGCCGUCACCAGCACCAAUGCGGCCAAAAUCUUCAACCUGUACCCAAGGAAAGGGCGGAUUGCCGUGGGCUCAGAUGCUGAUGUUGUCAUCUGGGACCCUGACAAGAUGAAAACCAUCACAGCUAAAAGUCACAAGUCGGCUGUGGAGUACAACAUCUUCGAAGGCAUGGAGUGCCACGGCUCCCCGCUGGUGGUCAUCAGCCAGGGCAAGAUCGUCUUCGAGGACGGAUGCAUCAACGUCAGCAAGGGUGUGGGCCGCCUCAUCCCACGGAAGCCGUUCCCUGAGUACCUCUACCAGCGCGUCAAAAUCCGGAACAAGGUUUCCGGAUUGCAGGGGGUUUCCAGGGGCAUGUAUGAUGGUCCUGUGUAUGAGGUGCCAGCUACACCAAAAUAUGCAACUCCUGCUCCUUCUGCCAAAUCCUCGCCUUCCAAACACCAGCCCCCGCCCAUCAGGAACCUCCACCAGUCCAACUUCAGCUUAUCAGGUGCCCAGAUAGAUGACAACAACCCCAGGCGUACCGGCCACCGCAUUGUGGCGCCCCCUGGUGGCCGCUCCAACAUCACCAGCCUCGGUUGACCCUGGGUGAAGAGAGAUGCGCUAGAGUGAAGGAUUCUGGGAAUAUUGUCCAUUCCUUUUCCUGUCUGUGUUUUUGAAACCCACAGUUUUAGUUGGUACCGAUGGGGGGACAUUGAGUGAUGUUCUUUCCUUUCCUGUUUAGAAAGAAGUGGUAUAGUGUGGUGUGUUUGCUUGGAAAUUCCUCGCCCACCGUGUGUUCACGCCGAACCCGCCUCAGAGCAUGGUGUCCUCAUAGCCCCUCCCUAGUGAACCAUGGAUUUAGCAGCGUCUUGUACUGUCCCCUCCGCCUCCGACUCCAGUGGCUCCAUGAUUCUCGAGUGGCGGUUCCUUUGCACCCGUAGCUGUUUAGAUAGGAUGCAUGUUCCCAAGUUCCGUGUGCAAGUCUGAGCGUGUGUGAUGGACACCGCCAAGGACAGACGGACCUAGAUCCAAUGUCAAGACCUCAAGCCCCCAGGGCGAUUCCAAAACUCUUAAACAAAGCUGUUUCCUCAUUGCCCCCACCGCCAGUCUUUGCGAGAAGAGGUCCUCCCCGCCCCGCCCUCUGCGAUCUGUGAGUGUGCCGAAUGGUAGGGAAGCGCCAUCCAUGUCCCGUCAGGCACCCGGUCUGCGUGGCACUCGGCACGACGUCUUUCCGGUCUGUGUGUUCUUCCAGCCAGCUCUGGGCUUCUGGCUGAGCCAGGCUCACACCCAGAUAGGGGUCUCCUCCCAUCCCCCGUUCAGGGAUGAGGGCAGUGGGGUGACGGCUGCUCCCAGGGUCGCCUGAGUCCUGGUCCCUCUGAAGAGGUUGAUGGGGGCAGUCAGAUUUUUAAAGUUUUGUACAGUUUUCCUUUGUAAUCACCGCCAUUUUUACUUAAUAACUGACUUGUUUGUGGCUCUUAUUUCUGAAUUCAAAGCUUGUGAAAAAAUAAAGAAAAUGAACUG